GUCUCCCUCGCAAUCUUGUGCAUGUUGCUGCUUGCUGCUCACCAGGGCUUUACCACACGCACGCCCGGCCUCUGCUCUCUUUUCAGCCGUUGCACACGCAGUUUGUGAGCUCGGGGUUCAAAUCUAGAGUAGAAACGGGGUUGUGGUGGUUCGGUGAGUGCGUGUGUUCAGGGCAGGUGAUUAGGGAAUGGAGCUUAGGGAGAGUUGACUCGGAGAAGAAGGCAUACAAGUACCUGGGAAGGGAAGGAGUGUAUGAAAGGAUUUAGAGUAGGCUCAAUGGAUCGACGCAUGUAUGGUGGUGUGGGGUAGAUUGUAAGGUCUCGUACUGCAAUAAGGGUGUGAGUAGCCUGUAGCAGUUUUCGUUGGUCUGGAAGUUUUUGUUGAGUUGAUUUGAUUCAGUAUUGAGUGGAAAACUCGGAGGUUUAAGAAAAGUAGGUAGGUAGGUUUCUAAGAUGGUGGGUCGAAGAAGUGUAGGAGCAGGACCUUGAAAGAAGGUUCUUCAUUAUAUGCACUUCUGCAGAGUUUCGGCGCUGAAAUAUGGUCAUGCUGGGAACUACUUGAGCUGGGAGCAUUGUGGCAUGUGGCAUGUGGCAGGGUUUUAUUUUGUGAUCUUUGGAUGGUUGGUUUAAUUAUGAGUCCGGUUACUGGAAAAAUCAUGCGCAUCGUCAUCAGCUGUAUGCCGCAUUCGUUAUGACAGAGUUGUAGGUACUUGUAUUAGUAAAGUUUCAGAGGAGGAAUUUAUCUCGCCUGCGGGCUUACAAGAGUCUUCUCACUGGUGUGUACCAGCCUUAAAAACGAAGGAUUAAGCAUAAAAAAGAUGGAGGCCAUGGGUUCUGUUACGUAAGAGAUGUAAAUUCAUGGCAGCAGUGCAGGCUUUGCCUCGUGCACCUGCUGUCUAUGCAUCUCCAGUAACGUCGAUUAUCUCUCUUUCCACUCCCAUGACUGUCCCCUGGGGCGCCGGUGCCCUCCACCAGCGCCUCAAUGCUUUUGUUAAGAAGUCUCUUAUCAAGCAACUCGUUCCUACUGGUGCUGUUGUCUGUGACUUCUAUUGCGGUCGAGGUGUUGACACAGACAACUGGGCUGAAGCUCAAAUUGGAAAAUAUGUAGGCAUCGAUUUAUCAUCAUCAGCUUUGGAGGAAGCAAAGGAGCAGUGGGAGAAGAAUGGGAAACGCUUUGCCGCAAAAUUUUGUGAACUCAAUCCUUGCAUGGUCGAUUUGGAAAGAAAUUUGGGAGAGGAUGGUCUUUCCGCCGAUGUCGUCACUUGUCUCGCACAUCUGCAGGAUUGUUUUGCGGCCGAGGAUAUGGUGCGUCAGCUGCUGAAGAACGUUGCAUCCCUACUGAAGCCAGGUGGCUACUUUUUCGGAGCCACUCCCGAUUCCUCCACCAUCUGGUAUAAGUACCAGAAAGCAGUUGAAGGGGCAAUGAAAGCAGGGUCACUAAGAGCAAAUGGCCACCUCCCUCGCGUGAGGACAGAUUUGUAUAGUAUCAGCUUCGAGGAUGAUCGGUUCAACCAGUAUGGGUCAAGAUAUCAGCUCCGCUUCACUGAUGAUACUGUCCCACCUCAGCCGCAGAUCUUGGUACAUUUCCCGAGCUUGAUCAGACACGCGGAAGAGUUUGGACUUGAGUAUGUGGAGAUCCAGAAUCUGACUGAAUUUUAUGAGGACUAUCGUGUUCCGUUUGCUGAAACUCUUCAGAAUAGCUGUGGCACCCUGGUUGACUCUAAAGGAAAUCCAGUUGUGGAUGGAAAGUCUCGCCUCUCCCCGAUUGCUCAAGAUGUUCUAAGUUUGUAUACAACGUUUAUCUUUAAAAAACCCGACCCCCAACAGCGUCUAAGAGCUCUAAAGCGACCUGCUCCUCCUGCACCUACUCCUGGAUCUUCUGACGUUAAGAGGAUGAAGAAAUCCAGUCCUGCUUCUCUUGUUCAAGUUGCUGCAGCAGAGGAAACGCCUUUAAAGAAGCGAAGGAUUUCGGGUCCUAACGCAUUACCUUCUUCAAACGGUUCGAGAUUGCAAGAGCCGAUUCCGAAACAAGAGAAGCGUUCCAGCAGUGGUAGCAGAUCCAAACUUGAAGUUAUUUCCAAGAACGAGCUCGAUCGCUCUAGUGGCAAGAUCUUGAAAACCCCAGAUGGAGAAUCAAAACUUGUUUAUUCUCAGCCCAACUUGAGCGAGUCUAAGUUACAGGAGAGGCUCUUCAAACCUGAAAUUGCAAGCUCAGAAUCGAGGGAUCAGCUUAAAUCCGUUGAAAAGUUACUGAAACCGGAGAGCUUAAGCGCAAGCAAGUCAAAUGCACCAGGAAGCCAGAAAACUGAGGUUUCAAGCGCAAGCGAACCAAACGCAUCAGAAGGUCAGAGAAUUGAUGGCACUAACUUAAGGGUACAAGAGUUGAAGGCUGAGUUCUUUCAGUCUAAAAAGAGCAUUAUUCAAGGAAGCUCUGAGCCAGAGUUAGAGAGUCCCAGCUCCAGUGGAUUGCCUCCUGAGGCCCACCUUACAACUGAAUCUGUAGAACGAGAGAAGCUUGACAACGAACAACGGGGAAGUGAUAGUAAUCAAAGACUGGAGCCAAUGAAGAGGAAACGGGUAUCUCGAUGGUCCAGUGACUAUGUUCCAAAGGUUGUUGCUUCAACUGGAGAACAAAUGACUGAGAGAAAAGAUCAAGGAGUCGCAUUACAGCAGCCUGGUCAGGGCGCAUUAGCUAAUUUUCCAUUAGAGCACCAGCUUGUCACAGGUCCAAUCUGCCCUAAAGUGGGUGUUCCUGCUGGGAUCGAAGGAGGUGUGGCUCAAAAUUCAAACAGUUUAGUUUGUGGAGCAAAGGUAGCCAGUGGUGGACCAUGGGUUAGAAAACAACACUUGUCCGAGAAGGGUACAACUAAUGUGAGCGAUGUUAAAUCUCAGCAUGAUGAAAGAUAUAACCACAAGGAUCUAAACAUUCCCUUGAAAGGCUUUUAUCAGAGGAGUCCAUGGGGAUCUCAAGAGUACGGGAACGAGAGAGGUUCGAUUCAGAGGAGAGAGCAUGAGAACAAUAGUAGUGAAUCCGUGCUAGCGGAACGUGGAGUGGAGUGUAUCGAAGAAGGUGAAGUGAUUACAGGACUUCCUGUUCGCAAGACCUCUAGUCCGAAUAGGGAUAAACCUGCGGCUAUUGAGUUGCAUUAUGAAAGACGUGCUGCACAGAGGUCACAGCGUUCAGGAACUGUGUCAGGCUCCACUUACAGACGUGAAAUGGCAGCUUCUGAUCCUCAAUCAGAAAGAAAUGCAUCAGGCAACCCGGAGAACAUCGGAUCUGAAACCUGGCUGGAGGGAGAUGCUGUUCAGAACGACAGUAAAGCUAGACCUGCAAUCCAGAGUAAGUAUACAGCCAAUGAACCUAAAUCUAAGAUAGGCGUUGCGAGCAUAAUUGAUGCUCAGCUACAGGAGGGUUCGAAACAGGAGAUUUCAUCCAUCACCCUUGAGCCUGAGAGCAACAUAAAUGAUCAGAAGAAGCGCAAAGUUGUGGAGCCUCUCCUUGACGAAGCUAUGAAUGAACAGAAGAGGAUGGGAGCUUCUAGUUCAUCUCAGGAAAAUCCACCUGCGCACUUGGAAGCUAAGAAAGAGAAUCUGAACCCGAAACCUCGAAAGAAAGAGAUUGUCAUGGAUGUACUCAUGGAUAGGACUACAAAUCAGAGCAGAGAUUGUGCUGCGUCUUGUGCAACACAAUCACUUGGAAACACAGACACUGAUCUUUCAUCUGAAAAAAGUUCAAUGAAGAAGAGAGAGUCUCCAUCAGUGGAGUCUGUCUUUGGUAGAGGAUCAGGUCAGAACAAAGACUCUGCAGUGGCUGACGCGGAUUUUGAGAAAGGCUCCAAGUCGAGCAGAGACAGUUUUACUGUGGAGCACCAGUCUGAGAUAGGGUCCACUCAGAAAAGAGAAAAUGGUGGGUCUGCGGAGCCUUUCACGUCAGAUAUCGGAAAGAACCCCUCGAAAGAAAUUGUGGAAACAGACAGCCAAUCACCGAAAAGUCAGGGGUUCAAGAGAGAUAAUUUCGAGCUGCCGUGGGAAGCCAAGCCCCAACGGUAUCCUGCACUGCGACGUGCAACGCCUCAAAUGAGUGAAGGAGCUGUGGAAAACCCGCCGUUGUGGCAUAGGGGGAAUUUCGUCGUGAAAGUUGAUAGAACUUCUCAAGGUAGAGGGCCCGUUAUUUACCCUCGAAAUCCUUAUGCAAAUUCGGGCCCAGGGUUUGUCGCUGCACCCAGACCUCCUCUUCGAGCGACAGCAGAGAGAAGGGUCGUAGUACCUCCAUUGCAGGGUGGGGCCGGAUUGCUAGGGGCAGCUCCAUCACCAAGCUUUGUAGAUAGAGGAUUAGUAGAUAGAGGAUUAGCAGAUAGAGGAUUGCCAGCUGACAGAAGGUUUGAUAUGAUGGGCCCCCCUGAAGGUGGCCGGGGUUAUAACGAUCAUCGAGGGCCUCGCCCCAUUCGAGGAUCUUUGUAUAAGGACAGGGUUGCUGGCGUCUCGAGAGUACAGCCAGACUUCGCAGGAGAGGGCAAUAAUUGUCUUGGAGGUUCUUGGGACGACCACUUCCAAGGCGAUGGCCGAACAAGGAACAGGUGAUCUGAAUUUGCUUUUCGCUCCAUUCUUUGAUAGAAAUGUCUCAAGUUUCGAGGUUCUAGAGUUCCGAGGCACUGGAGCUUUACCGCAGAAGCUGACCUUAAUCGCUGCGCUCUACAUGCAACAACCAUGGGUGUGAUGAAUGAUCUUGGAUUUUAGAAGUUUGUCUUUGAUGUCGAAGUGGACAGAUUUAAGAGUCUGGAAUAUUUCUGGCUUGCGAUGGUUGUUGGCAAGGGCUCCGAGUGCCAUGUGCAGCCGCAGCACAGAACAUCCAUUGAGUUACUAACAUGUUCAAGAAUUUUGAAUCUUACCUAUUUUGUAAGCUUCUCAUGACGACUUGCACCAUGUAUCUACACAUCUGGGUGCAUUGUAGUAGUCAUUAGAAUCCAGUUUGGAACCAAUUGUUCAUACUGAUCCCUCAAAAAUUCACUGAGUAUUGUUUCAGACGAGCGUUUGGUGUUCCACGACUCUGAAACUCUUUGGCAGCUCUCUUUCCCAUAAGAUCAGUGGCUGCGUUGAAUAUUUUUAGUUUUGUAAAGUCAACUUAUCCUAAUUUCAA